AUGGAAGAACAACGAAAGUCUCCUCGAGCCCUUGCUACGCUCUUCCUCCUGCUACUUCUCCUGGAGAGCUCGUCUUCUUCAGCGGCGGCGCGGGGUGUGGUUGGGCUCCGGCUGGUCGAAACGCCGGCGAGGGGAAACUCUGCGAGCUUCUCGCCGGCGGAAUUUGCAGAGAACAUGAAGACGGAGACGGGGAGCCUUCUUCCUCCGAGGAGGCUCCUCCCGAGGUGGCGUCCACCGUUGUCGGGGCCGAGCAAGGGAGGAAACGAAGUUAGGAACUGA